CAGUCAGUGACUCUUCCCGUUUUGCAGGAUUUUCUGGUCUAGAUGUGAACUGAACCUGAAACUCCACCCAAAAUGUUAUCACAUCAGAUGCACCGCCUGUCACACGCCCUCAUCGUGCUCCUGCUGCUUGUUUGCUGGACAGCAGAUGGAGCUCACAAUGACACAGAGGCAGGGACCUUCACACAUCUGGCCUCGGUCCCCCCUGGCAAGUAUAUCUUGGCAAAGGAGGGAUCCAGCACACUAAUUGAGUGUAAUGUGACUGCAGAUCAAGAGGAUGUUAGGUGGUACAACUCCAAAGGACUUCUCCUUGAAGACAAAGAAGGUGGGAAGUGGCAGAUCCAGGAGAAGGGUGUCUUAAACAUCACAGCAGUGUCCUUUGAGGACCGUGGCCGCUAUACCUGCGUGGCCUCAACCGGCAUCGGACUCACCAAAAACUACACCGUAACUCUGCGUGUGGCCUACACUGACAGUGGCCUUGGAGUGUACUUCGUUGUGGUGUGCUUGGUGGCCUUCGCCAUCACGAUGGUCCUCAAUGUGGCGCGCUUAUGCAUGGUCAGCACCCACCUCAAGGAGACUGAGAUAGCCAUUAAUGAGUUCUUCCGCACCGAGGGAACAGAGAAGCUCCAGAGGGCAUUUGACAUUGCAAAAUCCAUCCCAAUAAUAACCUCAGCGAAGACGGUGGAGUUUGCCAAAGUCACCCAGUUUAAAACCAUGGAGUUUGCUCGUCACAUUGAAGAGCUGGCACGCAGCAUUCCUCUGCCGCCACUUAUUCUGAACUGCAGAUCAUUUUCAGAGGAGAACAUGAAUGCAGACUGUAAUCCUGCAGAACUGCAAGCAGCAGCUUCUAAAAACAGACAGGCUUUAGGCCCAACUGGUUAUAACAGAAAAGAAGAGAAAGAGGUGUGUUUGGCAAUGCUGUCUAGUGAUAGACAAAGGAUCAAUGACGACUUUAAGGUGUCACUGCAUAGAAUAAAUGUUGACGUGGAGGAUACAGAUUACAGAAAUGAGAGUAAUGCAUGA